GUUUGUGGCGCUCGUCCAAUCAAGUGAUUGUAAAUGACUAAGUUCUGCCCUUGCUGAGAAGAAGCUGUGCAGUGGCGGGCUUCCUGCUCUCAGCCGUCGAACUUUGGCAUUUUUCUUUCGUCUUGUUGCUCGCUUUUCCCAGACGGCGACCAAACUCUAAAAUAUGUGUCUAAAUAUGUUUUUAAGUGUGUAAAGUAGUUUGGUUUGCAGGUCAGCCAUUACCUGCUGGAACUUGUGUUCACAAAGGAGACACGAGUGGAAGUCCCUGCAUUGACGUUAAUGUUUCAGAUGGUCAUCGUCCGUGAACACAGCAGCUUGCAUUGUUGCAGUAAAUGGCAGAGAGUUACAGGUUAGAAGAUGAAGCCUUCCCCAGCUUCCUGUCUUCGGACAGCACCACGUUGGGGAAUGUGACCCAGGGACCCGGGCCUGGCCUGCCAGUGGCAACUUCUACAGUGGCUAAGAUUAGACCUCAUUCUGACAACAGAGGUGAUCACAUGGAGGCCUCGUAUCUGGAGGAAAGACCACUACAGCAGAACAACUCCCAAUCAUCUCAGGUCCAGCAGCGCAAGUUUGCCCUCAGCUUCAAAGAUGACAUGGACAAUGCAGAUGACUUUAUUGCAGCCCAUAAUCUAUCAGACAUGCUGCUCAAGUUUCAUGUGGAUGACACUCCAUCCCGAAACCAAGGCUCCCUGCUGCAUCUUCUUCCCACUCACAUGGCCUCAAUCCAGGGCAGUCACACAGAACUUUCAACAGAGCUUUCAGCGGGCCUCCUGACAUUUGCUCAGUUUGAACACAAGCCUCGUACAGAUACCAAAGCUUCAUCCCCGCCAUCCACAGCUGAGAAAGAGAAUGUUGAAGGUGAAACCAUGGACAGCGACCAUUUCAGUGGCAGCAACUCCAGUUUUUUGGCAAAUGAACAGCUCAUGUCUGUGGACAGCAUGAACAGUGACAUAACUGAUGAUGACAUUGAUUUGAACAACUUCCCUGAUGAACUGGAGCUGUACUUCAAUAACAUGAUGCCUGCAGCCAUGGAACGAGGCACAGUGGAGGGCCAAGAGCUGCCUGCUGCUGAUGUUGCAGUCAACUUCCAGAUGCCUGAUGUACGUCUGGCUGCCACAGGUAUGGACUCCUGUCCUGCCAGCGACGAGGACACAGAGGAUGAACUGGAAUCUGCUAGACGGACCAGUUCCACAAGAACAAAGCUAUUACCAAGCACCUCCAGACAGUUGGUUGGUGAGAGUCAUCAUCCCAGCUUUAGGCCAGGUUUAGAAGGAGGAAGCUCCGAUGAUGAGCCGUCAAGUGGCCUCGACGCUCCAUCUCUGUCUGGAAUUGAACACAGACGAUCCGCUGAGGGACAAGUUAUUAACACUACAGCAGGGGAUGGAGGCGGUGGUGAUGGGAGCAGCGGGAGCGAAGAAGUUGGAAGUAACAGUGGGGUUUCAGCAAUGCCUUUUCCAACAAGCACGAAUGAUGUGCUGCGUGGCCUGGGCCUGGUGGGUAGCAGUGCUGUUGGUGAAGAUGGAGACGGCGCUCGUAAGAGUCUAACAGCACAUGGAAGGAGCAACCUUUCCACCCUUGCUGAGAUGGGAGAUCGUGUGGGUCCUGUUGGAACUGUUGAGGCCAGCAGCUGUAAAAAUGCAUCAGAGGGAAGUCAAAAUGUCUCUCCUGUGAACUGGACCAUGCUUAUGGACAGACAGGAGUCACAUCAGGAUGAGUCCAGGACCAGCACUGAACCGUCCCACUCUGUUGACAUGAGAAGUGAAGCCCAACUUCAAGUUGCCCAGGACAACUCUCAGUUGAGGGGAGGGCCGUGUGGUACUGCGUCAGAAGCUCGGGCGUCAGACACGACUAGUGAGGACGGAGACCUUCCUACCCCCCUGGACGCCAAGUAUUUUUGCCAGAGCGUCCAAGAGGAACAAGGGGAAUCAGAUGAUGCCUGGUUCAGCUGUCCAGAAAACCUGCAGUUGGAGUUUGACCAAGGUGCCGGUGCUCCUCACAGUGUGGUGUACCAGAAUGAAGAAGGGCAGUGGGUGACAGACCUGGCUUAUUAUACCUCUUUUGAGAAGGAGACAACGCAACAUCAUGCACAAUUUCCAAAUGAGGACUUUGUUUCUUCAGGAGAUGCUUUAGAGAAGAUCGCGAAAGACCAAGAGGAAUUUGAGAAAGAGCACCAGUUCAUGCAGGAGGAGCAGAUUGUACCAGCCAGCAGCAACAGUACCUUGCUAAUGGACUCUUCUUGGAAAGCUGCUAGCAGCAGACACGUCUUGAUGAGGGCCUCUCAGGUUUCUUCGGAGUUUAACCAAGGGGACCAAAGCUACCUGCGGCUGUCAUUAGGGCAGUUUUUUCAACAGCGUUCUGAAGCCCUGGGCUGUCUUGGUAGCGGUAGCCACGUGGACUGGGUCAAACGGCCAUCUUUUGGCUUCAUUAUCAGCUCUCCAGAGAAGAGGGAACCGUUUGCGCUCAUCCACCCCUCUGACUUGUCACCUGAGGGGAAUUCUCCUCACAGUGACUCCAUGGACAUCGGUGAAAGUGAUCAAACACUCAAUCCUGAUGACUUGGACAAAACGUUGGUGGUAGUGGAUGAAAGGAUGUUCCCAACAGAGAACAAAGACAUGAAGUCUUCCAAUCAGGAGGGUGCCAUACUUAGCCGCAAUGAGGGUCCUGACUCUGCAGCCAAUCAGAACUCUGUGUCCCCCAAAAAUAACCUUAUGCUGAAUAUCAGCACCAUUGCAUCGGCCAUCGCGGACGCAUCCAUCAGUACCAACCCAUCGCAGCUGGCUGCUAUGAUCUUGGAGCUUUCUAAGAAACGCAGGCAGGAAGCACGCUCUCAACAUGUCCACCCCGUUGUGGAGCAGAAGAGCCAGUCGGACACGCUACAAACUAGCACUAAUGUAGGAGAACAGAGUGCCUUUGACUUGGAGAAAUACCUGAAAAAGACGAACACGUCGUGCCACAGUGACACAUCUGCAGCACAAACUACCUUUGACCUCAGCGACUGGCUUGGCAACUUCAACUCCUCUAAGGUGCGGACGGAAGAAGAAGAAUGCUCACCUCACGAAUCGGAGUGUGCGAGUGGUACACACCGAGAGAGAAAAGAGCCAAGAUUCAAACCCGGAUCUUCCAGCACAAAGGCUGAUUCAAAAAGAAGCUCUAAGUCGUUGACUCACUCUCCGGGCAGGAAAUCCAAGCCAGCCAAGAUUGUCACGGCUGCUCUUCUGCAUCAAAGCUCUGCAGAGAAACAUGGAGACUUUUCUUCACAAAACACUCAGCCUGCCCUUGAGCACACAUUCAGGCUGCCACCUGAACCUCACAUGCAAGAAGAGACACAAUGCAACUUCCGACCCUCCACCUCCCCUUUAACACACUCCUCUCCAAGUCAGAGCUCCCCUUCUGAAGCCGACAGUAUGGCGUCACCUUCCUCAACUAGUGGCAUCCUGACACACCUUGGUCACGACCUCUCUCCUCAGUCUCCCUGCUGCAGCCCAAGUCUCAACAGGCUCACAUACAUCUCAAUGAAAGACUCCACCCUCGUACCCACACCAGACAGGCACAAGAAUAACUGUACCAUGGCUCUCAGCACCACCAUCAUCAGAAUCAGUCCAACCCCACCUGUGGAGCCAGAUGCCCCCUCUAACAAGGAUCCACCAAAGCAGAGUCAAAGUCUGGAAGAGCUGCCGGUGCAGUAUUGUCAAAAAAUAUCACAUGGUGGAACUCCUCUGAGUUGUACCCGCAGCCAGAGUGAAUGUGGCUGUCCCAGCCUUCAAACUCUGACCCACGAGAACCCCUCGGAGUCCAAUGGAACGAAACUCACUAAAGUGGACUCUGGCUAUUGCAGCCAUUCUCACAUUCCUCAAAGCAACACCACUGCAGCUCCCCAGACGUCGGAACAUUGGGGAGCUCCCACCUCUGUCUCAUCACUAUUUUCUGGUGGUUUUCAUGCCCUUCCGAACUUGAAGCCUGCAUAUCCCGGCAUGAUGAAUUUAAUGCAGCAAGGAGAUGUGCAGUCCCUCCUGGCUGGACCCGCCCUCAACUCCCAACUGGCUCAGCAGUAUUUAGGAAGUGACGUUCUAUUAAAUCCUGGGAUGUAUAACGUUGGAGCGUCAGGAAGCGGCCUCUACAGCAUCUCGUCUUCAGGCGUGUCCAACAGUGAGCCGCCAGUGAGACACGUCCAUCCCACAGUAUGGCCUUUGGGGAUGACUGCUGCUCCUGGGUCCCAUUACCUUCCCAGAUCCGCGCAGAACCAUCAGGACAUGGGGGUCAAACUCUUCAGCCAAUUUGGUGCAGAACCACUGCUGGCAGGUGGUCUGGAAGAGCUAAGCGUUCAAGUGGUGGUGCCUGAGGAGCUGCACUUUCCUAAUGCCUGCUGUGUGGGCAUCGCUUCCCAGACCACCCUCAGCCUCUUCAACCCCUCUGAACGAUGGCAGCAAGUGUCCAUCGCAGUUGCAAGUCUUGCCAUCGAUGGAGAGAAGGUGGCUGGUGUGCCUUACCAAUGGCUGAUUGUCAAGAACAAGACAAUCAUUGCCCCCAAAAGUACAGAAGAACAGAAAGUGUUGUUCAUGCCUCCAAAGGCUGGGCUCUACCACUGUGUCCUCAGUGUUUGCUCCUGGCCUGCUUCUGCCAACACACAAGUGGCUGCCAGGGCUACUCUUUUUGCCAGAAGGGUGCUGCUGGUCGCCAUCGCAGAGAAUCCCUCCAUAGAGGUUGAAGUGGACAAAUCUGGAUGUUUGAAUUUUGGUGAUCUACCAGAAGGUAGUUCUAAAUCAAUUCCACUGAAACUUAUCAAUAUGACUCGAGCCACAGUUCCCAUCAGGCUGGUCGCCAAUGCUAAUGCAACAUCAUGGCGCUGCUUCACGCUGUCUAAGCAGCCUGCUCCCUUGGCAUCUGAGACGGUGCAGCCAGCAGGAGCCAUGACACCACUGACAUCUCCUUCUGUGGUCAAUCAUGUGAUGCAUGCCAUCUAUGGAGAGAAUCCAGAAUGUUUGAUGGUUUGGGUUCACUUCAAGGCCUGGCAUAAGUACACAACCUCAUCAGGAGAGCUGGGUCCCGCUGAUGAGUACAACGCCCGCAUAGACAUUGAAGUGGACACACCCGGCGCCAGCCAUGUGAUCAAAAGUGUUCCCGUCAGAGCUCGGUCUGGAACUGCUCGAGUCCAUGCACCUAAAGAUCUACAGAUUGUCACCUUGCGUGCUGCACUGGGUAAAUGUUGUCAAAGCACACUGCCCUUAAAGAAUGCAGGAAACAUUGAUGUGCAGAUGAAACUCAAGAGCAACGAUGAGUGUUUCUCAGUCACACCUGAUGAGUUGUUCCUCGCGACUGGAGAAGAGCGACACGUCGUGGUUUCAUUUCAAGCGCGGGGAGCUAGGAAAUGCAGAGAAAGCCUUCUCAACAUCUUGGUGCUGCCUUCAGGCCCUCAGUAUGAAGUCAUGUUAAAAGGAGAUGUUGUCCCAGAUGAGCCAGCUGCCAUCGUUGGCUCUGGCCUGGCCAGUCAGCUUCCCCCAAUUCUCUCUAACAAGCAGUUUGUGGCCUGGGGAGGGGUCACCCUGGGGCAAGCUGUUCAGCAGAAGCUGGUCCUAAGGAACAAUUCAAGCAAUAUCACUCAGCAGCUGCGGUUGCUUAUCCGUGGCCAAGACCAUGACUGUUUUCAGCUGCAGAGUUUGUUCACUCCAGAGGAGCGUUUGACCCGGCAUGGAGAGCUCUCCAUUCGCCCCAGAGAGGAUGUGGCCAUCCACCUGCUCUUUGCCCCCACAAGGGUGGCCUGCAUGUUUGCCAAACUGGAGAUCAAACAGUCAGGAGUCCGGUCAUCUCAACCAGGGGUCAAAUUCACUAUUCCCCUUUCUGGCUAUGGAGGCACCAGCAACAUCAUCUUGGAGGACCAGAGGAAGCAGGCGGAUGGCUAUGUGGCGACAAUGUGGGACGUUGCUGUGAAUCAUGUCAGCAAGGUGUGCCUGUGCGUGAGGAACACCGGGUCCAGAGCUGCUUUCAUCAAAGCUGUGGCCUUCUCGGAUUUACCGUCUCGCUCGCUUAUGGACCCAGCUGUCAUCAGUCUGGCACCGUCACAGUUUGUCCUUAAGGAAAGGACACAAGAGGUGGUCACCGUGCUAAUCAAAUCUACACAAAGGGAGCAAAACCUGUGUCAGUCGGAGACACCCCUGCUGGCCACUGUGCUACUCUUUUGUGGAGAUGAGGUUUCCAGGCAGCAGUACAGGAGACUGCUUCAAAACAAACCAGAUGCCGGACAGAAUGUUCUUGCUGAGAACAGUUUGCAGAAAAACUCCAACUUCGAUGAAAGGUUUUUGGGAGAGGAAAUGAUUAAUGAAGCAUUGGAUAUGCCUCCACGGCCCAAUGAGGCAUACGUCUUCUUUGGGCACAUGAGAAAGGUUGCAGUGUUGUUACUGGGAAGCAUGCAUGGCAACAAGUGUGAGGAGAGUGACUGCACAGAGUUACUGCUGACCUCUACUCGACAAGAGCUGGUGACAGACGGUGGCAUUACAAAUCGUAAUGUGUCUUUGGACGUGCUGCCAGUGAAGGGUCCGCAAGGUCCAGCCAUGCCAGUCGCAGCAUCCUCCUUCCAGACCUCAGAGCUUUCCCAAAAACAGCCACCGUCCUGGACGGUGUAUCCACAGCAACUUGUCCUCGCAGUUCCCUCUAUGAACGCUGUGUCCAGCACCAGUCAGGUGCAGAUCACAAACAAAACCUCUCGAGAGCUGAGCUUUGACUUGUCCUGGCCUGCCCACUACCUCAUUAUCACCCCUCAGCAUGGCGUCAUUGAGCCACAGUGCCACCUGCAGAUUUUGAUCAGCCCCAACCCUUCACUCGCCAAGUCUGUCACGCUCCCUUGGAGUGGACAAAUAUACGUCCAGUGUGAUGGCCAACAGAAGUUGAUCAAGAUCCAGAUCCGUCGGGAUCUGGCCCUGGAUGUUUCUGCUGCCCCAGCGGAUGUGACUCUGUCAGCUCUCAGCCCUCAGGCCGCCACUCCCGUGUUGCCGACAUCUAAGACAGCACUGAACCCCACACCACAGCAGUCAACUCCAGCUCUGGUCCACAUCAGCAACAAAAACAUAAUCUUCCCCAACACCCCCUCAGGAGAAACAUCAGAGGCACAGCUGGUGGUGGAGAAUGGGGAAGUGGAAGUGAGGUGGUACCUAUCAUCGUUUGCACCUCCGUAUGUCAAGGGGGUCGACAACAGUAGUGACGUCUACCGGGCCACCUACACUGCUUUCAGGUGCUCCAGAUUGUCAGGCACUUUGGGAGCUCGUGAGAAAAUGCAGGUGCUGAUUACUUUCCUGCCGAGAGACAGAGGCGACUAUGCCCAGUUCUGGGAUUUGGAGUGCCACCCAUUGUCUGAGCCCCAGCUGAAAUCUCAAAUACGCCUUGAACUAUGUGGAACGGGGGUCAAAUGUGGAGAAGUGGUAGGACCCCGGGAAGGAGACUGCUCUCUGGUCAAAACCGAGGUCACCGUUAAGACGAGGAAGAAAGCUGAGGUUGAAGCAGGGAAGAGCAGCCAGGAAGAGCCGGUGUGGAAGGGAGUUUAUUCCCCUCAAGAGCUUUACACGUUCCCUGAUACAUGCGUGGGCCAGUCCAGCACGCUGAAAGUCACCAUCCGCAACAACUCACUCAGCGAAGACGAGCUGAGGUUUGUAAAACCUCAGGAGCCCUUCCACAUCAAGCAUUCCACAUAUUCCCUCAGGCCUCAGCACUAUAUGAAGCUGCCUGUGAAGUUCAGACCGAGCAGCGCUGGCAAACACGUCGGCUUGAUGCUCAUCCAAACAGGAAGCAGUGGAAGUGUGCUCAUCCAGCUGGCUGGUGAGGCAUUGUCUUCAAUGUAGAGCCGGACUAGAAAAGGGUGCCACACGUUGGAGUGAUCUGAAAGAAUGAAGUCCUUAUCUUGCUUCUCUGUAAUGUGCCAUAACUCCACAAUGAGGAUGUGUCUCCCUUUGGUUCCCAGCAUGGCGUCAUGCCCACUUGUUCACGUACAGCAAGUUGUAGUAUUUCAUUGACAUCUACUAAGCUGCUUUUAACAUACAGUACGUUAUCAUGGCAACACCUUCAUCGUUUAUGUAGUUUAGUUUAUCUACAGCGUUCCAAGCACACCUUUUUCACACUUGUGCAUAGUGGAUUGACCUGGACUAUGAGUUUUAUUGUGAAGGAUGCAAAUAUGUACAUACACUGCUGUAUUGAUAUGUUGGAA